GCACCAAUUGGCAACACCGAGAGUUUGGCCACACGUGGCUCCGGAGUUUGCCUUUUGUCCGAACGCUUGACUCACGCACACAGAUUCGGGGAGAGUCGGAGAGAGACAGAGAGUAGUCUCCGACGAUCGUUGACGAAUAAAGUCAGAUUCCGGCGAAAUAUGACGGAGGAGAGUUCAGAGGACUGGCUUCCGCCGGGUUGGACCGUGGAGGUGAGAGUGAGAAAGCAUGGUAAAAGAGAUAAGUAUUACUUUGCUCCCUCAAGUGGACUGAGAUUCAAUUCCAGGGCAGAGGUGUCUCGCUAUCUCAACACUCCAGAAGUCUGCAAUCCUAAACCGGAACAGAAGAUAAAAGACACCCUCAAGCGAUCUGCAAAAAAUGUUGUAGUUGAGAAAGCUAUGGCAGAAGGGUUACCUCCAGGAUGGAUCAAAGAAAUCAGAGUCACAAAAAAGGGUCAUAAGAUCAGAAGAGAUCCGUUCUACACUGAUCCUGUCAGUGGAUAUAUAUUCCACUCUAUGAAGGACGUACUUCGCUAUCUUGAAACUGGGGAAUUAGGAAGGCUUGCAUCCAAGCCGAAAGACAAUGGAAACAUUGAUAUGGAGUUGGAAGAUGAUAAUAUUGUUUCGCCCGCUGUAGCAAAGAAGCAGAAAUCAGUGCCCAGCAGCACAAGGGAACCGAUUAUCUGUGAUCAGAGCUCAAAGUGGGAUGUGAUGGUAAAGGAUGAACAUAUGCUUAAUUCUUCCUGUACAGGAAAAUGCGUGCCCCUCUCCGAACAUACUUCUAAUCAGUCAGGUAGGCUGGACAUUAAUUUGAGCAGCUCUAUCCUGCCGGAAGCCAAGGUUUCAGAGCAGAUAGAAGGGAGGAAUGAUUCUGCUAAAAGUGUGUUUGCUUCUGCUCCUGUCGUUGGAUUGCAUCCAGCUAAUCAAUCAUUGGAAAGUAAGGGGACAAUGCAUGAAAAUGAAAAGAUCCAACUUGACAUGCGCAAAUCUAAAAGCAAGAAAGAAUAUAACUUGCCUCGUCGAGCUUCAAAACGACUUGCUGGCCUUGAUAUUGAUCCAACGCCAGAACUAAAAACUAGUCGAGUCCGUCGAUUUGUUAAGCUGCCAGGUGAGACAGGGGCCAGUACACCUCCGAGUUCUUCCCCUGGUAGAUUGGCUCACUGGGCAUCCCCGGAGCCUGCUCAGCUUGAGGCUGGGCUGGAAGCAGAGAGUAAUUUUGAUAGUUCCAAAAAUACAGUAUUGGUGGAGUCCAUCGAUAGCAAACACACAUCUGCAGACACGACCACUCCAGGAGAGCAUGCUAGAAAGAUGCAAGAAGAGAAGGAUGACCCAAAGCCAAAAUCUUCUGUUGUUUUGCCUGUGGAGAACCUAGCUAUUUCAGAAGAACUUGCUGGAAGGGUUGGAAAAGGGAAUGAAGAAAAUGAGAAACCUGGUAUUCCUGUGGACCUGCCUUCCAUGGAUCUAUGGUCAGAUCCAUGCAUCCAAUUUGCUAUAAAAACUCUCACUGGAGAAGGCAUUGACAGUCCCAAAAGCACCGAACUUUCGUCAGUAUCAAACAAUAGCCAGCUUGCUAGUGGGGACUUGGCUACUUUAGCUACUCCAGGAAAAACUAAAAUGGAUGAAACAGAAAAUAAGGGCGACAAGAAUCAAGGAUGCUCUGUUGUUUUGUCUCUUCAGGACCUAGCUCUUCCGGAAGAGCAUGCCAGGAAGGUUGAAGAUAACUACAGGGACUCUGAGAAACCAGGAUCACCUGUCAAUAUGGCUUUUAGUGAUUCAUGGAUGGACCCAUGCAUAGAAUUUGCUGUAAAAACUCUUACUGGUGCUAUUCCAGUGGACUGUGUUCUUGAUGUUCAGGAUUCCUUUCAUUCACAACAAAGCUCAUCGCAAACCCAAGCAAGUAGUGGCUUGACUUCAUCGAAUGUUGGCUUUAAUAAAUUUUGUCCAACUGAUUUUUUGGGUAAGAAAAUUGACACUCUGGAGAAUCCCAAUUAUAGACAUCAAGCUCUGGUAGAGCCUGUAUUCCCGCACACAGGAAAUGUCAGCUUGCAGAAUUCAGCUACAACUGUUCUCCACCGACAAAGUGAAGGGAGAGGCGAUAGAUGCCAAUAAUAGGCAACGAAUUUGACUUCAUUUGUACAGUUUAGAGAUUUUGUAGAAGGAUACUUCCAGGACUACAACCUUUUGCUUUCUUGUACUAAUUCCCCACUGCAGAAUGACGACUAUCUGCAUGUCAUUCUGUGUACUUCUUAAGAAGCCAAGCUGUAGUUAUCAUUAUGCCUACUUGUCUCUAGUGUUUGUAUUGAUACUUGAUAGUAAGCCGGACUGCAUGUGCUGGACACUGUUUAUUAAUUUUAGUCCUUUUAAUGCCACUGUCA